UUGAGAACCUUUUCAAUGAAGAAGUUUCUUCUAAUGUCCAACCCAAACCUUCCCUGGUGCAGCCUGUGGCCAUUUCCUCUUGUCCCAUCACUUGUUACUAGGAGGAUGGAGCGGAGCAAGAGGAGGGUGAGCCUCAGACAACAGCUGCUUGUCGCUCCAGUCUCCUGCUCCUUGCCUCCAUGCUGGCCCUGCUGGCUCCUCUUCUUGCUCUGAACAUCGAGAACCUGCAAACUUUGAAGGCAAAUCCAGAAGAUAUCAUUAACCUGCAUUCAGAUAAACAUGGAGAGAAUGCAAAGAGCAGAGUGGCUGGCUCUCAGCAGAGCAACUGGCCCAAGGACUGCAGUGAGAUCCCUGCUAGCAACCCCAGUGGUGUCUACGUGAUCCAGCCCACAGGGCUGCACCCCAUCGUGGUGUACUGUGAGAUGAACGGGACAGAGGGGGGCUGGACAGUGAUCCAGAGGAACCACCAGAGCACAGAGAUCACCUGGGCUGAGUCCUGGAGCACCUACAAGUAUGGCUUUGGGAACGUGCUCACUGACUACUGGCUGGGCACUGAGUACAUCCAUCAGAUCUCCAAGCAGAAGGUUUACCAGGUCAGGUUUGCCAUCAUAGAUGCCUCAAACAACACCAAGUUUGCAGACUACAACCUCUUCUACCUAGAAGAUGAGUCCCAGGGCUACCGGCUGAGGCUGGGCACCUACUCGGGGUCGGCAGGAGAUGCCAUGACCUCUAACAGUGCUUCCUCAGUGCAUGACAACAUGAAGUUCUCUGCUAAAGAUCUGGAUCAAGACACUUACAGUGGGAACUGUGCCUCCAGCUAUGGGGGUGGGUGGUGGUACUCGGCGUGUUAUGCUGUCCGGCUGAACGUCAAGGGGGCCAUAACGUGGGGCAGCCUGUGCAAUGGGAACUGCAAAGCCUCUGCCAUCCUCCUCAAAACAGCUCCCUACUGCUAGUGGCACUUUUAUGUCCUUUCUGUCCAGCCUCAAUCUAGUUCUGGCUCUGCAAGGACAUGGGAAAGGUUAAAACACACCAUGGCCAAACCCAGUGUACUAGGAGGUCUUUGGUGAGGUUGGUCAUAUCCUAGCUACUGAAGAAAACAAAGCAUUUUCCUCUUCUUCUCCCUCCUGUGGAUUCCCUCUACUCCUCAACUGUGCCUUUAUCCUUCUGCUCAGAGUCAGAUCAUUUUAAUUGUGUUACUAACCAGAGCAGUCUCUUGCAAAAUCUGGAUUUUGCAGGUCUCGGUGUGGUUCACAUAAAAUGUGAAACAUCCAAGCCAGUGGACUUGUAUGGCUCUGUAAGUUAAUUUGCAUCCUUAACUUCAGGCAGACUACCUAAUUUCCACUUGCUGAAGGCCUUGCUCAAGGUAUUGAUGUGCACAGUGAAAUUCCCACUCUGUAUCUUCUACAUUCCUGGCUUAAUAGUUGUUAAAUACUCAAAUAAA